AUGGCUAACUCUGAAGAGAAUUUGUCCAUUUCCGAGUUUCAAAAACUCAAUGAGUACGUUUCUUCCAGUGACGAGUCCGUUGCUGAGGAGGAACGGCCGCAGGCAUCUUCCGUUGAGGAAUCUGAAGAUUCCAAAUCGCCUGAGGACGAGACGUCUGACGAGGAAAUAGAUGUAGAUAUCAAUAAUCUUGCGUCUCUGGCCUCAAAAUCCGAUAAGAAGCCUAAGGUAAAGGACAUCAAAGACGUCGAUUCCCUGUUCGCCACUACCAAGUUAAAGAGGAAGAAGGAAGACGAGCUGAAGAGCGCCAAAAACCGCAAGUCUGCCCAGAUGAUGCGCCACUUCGCCAAGUUCCAUCCCAAGAAGGACGAGGAGGAUGAGGUCAGGGAGGUCACCUUCAAGGAGUGGCACGUGCCGCUCAUGGAAGUCCCCGUCCGAGGUAUCCGCGUCCCGUAA